UGCUGGCACUGCUUUGGCAAGCGGCACUGAUUUGUGUUCCAUCACCCGCAAAGCUCUAAGAACGACUUUAGUGGACAGAUGUGUUAGAAUUUUCGCUGUAAAGCGUAUGGGGAAGCAUUAAAUUUUGUUUUGUUGGCAAACUAAGUUAAUUUCGAACCAAAGGAAAUUUAGUGACAACUGCAGCAAAGAUGAAUUGUAAACAAUCGUUAAGUGGGCGAGUGCCGGUAUUCUCUAUGCUGCUCUGCUGCAUACUGGUACCCGCUGUUUUCUCAAGCACUGCAUUCCUCAUUCCACCAAAAAGCCAGAACUUCUUCGAGCUCACCAAUGUCGUGACCAUGCACGACCUGAAGCGUUCCAGCGCCGAGGAAGCCAGCUACAUUUUUCGUGCACAGUUAAAAGUAAACUCCGUUUGGCAUACGGAAAAAGAACAGUUAUUACAAGUUUUCAUCACAUAUUCGAAAGUCAGCGCACCUGCGAAGGCACGCAAAUCAAGCGUCACUGCCGAAAUAACAAAAAUACCCGAUCGCCCCUUCUAUGUAAGUCUCAUCGCCGGCAAGCCGAGCAAAGUGAUAGCACAUACAUCACGCGAUCAGUCGCUUUUGAAUUUGGAACGCGCCUUCGCAUCGCUUUUGCAAUUAGAAUAUCAAAAUGGUCCUGUAACAGAGGUGGGUGUUUCGGGCAAGUGCAAUGCCUUUUAUGCGGUAAAGUCAUCGACGCGUAUUGAGAAAAUCAAAACCGAUUGUUCACAUUGGGACUUAAAAGUGAAUUAUAGAGCGGAACAGGCAUUGGGUAUUUCGCGAGUAUCUCAAGAAAUUGUGGAAUACGAACUGAGUGCCGAUGGUAAACUGAUGCAAGCCAUAUCAUCGGAAAAGCAUCGCAUAGCUUUGACUUCAAAACCAGAUGUGGGUAGCGAAGUAAGUUCACAAUUUACCUUAACACACCUCGUGGAGAGUUCAGACUUGGUAGAGCAACUAGAAUUUGGCACGCUCGAUGAAGCGGUAAAAAGUUUGCUCGAAUGGUAUCGCGUCUUCGACAUCGAGGCGGACGUGGAUGGCGCGCUGAGCGAAAUAAAAGACAGCAAGACACUUAAGGAGCAAAUUGCGCAUUUUGACUCGGAAUUCACCAGUGAGCACAUUGGCAAGCAGUCGUUGGCACUUACUACUGCUGAACUCUUGCCACUGGCGCGCAUAACCAACCAACAAGAAUUUGUUGAGAUUUUGAAAGAGCGUAAAGACUCUGUUACCCCAUUGAUAGAUUUACUUGCGGCUGUGCAAACGAUUGACGCCCACAAUGCUGUCACCGAAUUAUACAAAUUCGAGAGUGAAGACGAUACUGAUAUUCUGGAGCAAUAUCUGCAAUCACUUUGUGUUGGUACACACCCUGAACGCGCUAUUAUCGAAGCUCUGUUCGAGCGCUUGCAAACAAAAGAUGAAAAUGCGAAAAUUGCAGGCGAAAAACUACGCGAUACCGUGAUUCAGACAGUGGCUGCGCUAACGCGCCAAUCAGGUUUCGAUCCCAACGAUUCGCUGUUACAAAAAGUACGCAAAUUUAUAUUGGAAAACCUCAAUGAAAAGUGUGAGGAGAUCGAUUGUAAAAUAGUCAAUAUACGCGCCUUGCAAAAUCUGCAAGAUGUUAGCACUUUGCCAACGCUCUUCAACAAAGCUUUGAAAGGUGAGGUAGCUGAGUCGGUUGCGGCUUUACAGGCUUUGAAAAGUUUUCCCAUUACGAGUUUCAAUGAGGCGCAACGUCAUAGCUUAGCUGACAUUUUCUAUCAAAAUAAUCGCAAGUACGACACCUCGGCACGUGUUAUUGCUUUGGAUAUCUUGCUAGCGCUCAAACCAACCAAGGAACAGUUGAGUGAGUUACUCACCUACCUGAACUCGAAUGAUCGGCAUUUUGAAAUAAAGACUUUCGUUAUUCAAAAGCUUCGUAUGAUCGCCGAUAAGUGCCCACGCUUUAAGGCGUUGUUAAAUGCUUGCUUGAGGGAACUGCCAGAAGUAAAUAAUUAUCAUGUAAUAGCACAAAAGGGACUCACGACUGUGCUGACCAGAGAGCUCUCGAAGGCGCCGGCAUUCAACGAAUCGCUGCUGAGUGUCCAAGAAAUCUAUCAGGGUAUUUUAAAACGUGGCACCGUUGAACUGCUGCUAGGUGCAGGAAAGGAAGAGUUUAGUAGCUUUAAGAUUGGCAUCUAUACCAGCGGUCUCGCAUCCUUUGUUGCUGAUGAUGAAGACGUAGCAGAAGAUGAGAUUGAAGAUGAAAGCCCCGCUACCGCUGGCAUGGAAAUCUCUGUACAGGGAGUACUUUUACGACCACUCGUUUUCUUCACCGGCAAAGGUGAGUUGAUGGGACACGUUUGGAGUGGCACUGCCUCUGAUCCAACUCCGGCUUAUCAGGCAACUAUUUUGGCGGAGGAUCAUGAGCACUACGUCAUUCUUUCGUCGGGUGCGACAGUUUAUAUGCGUGUGGUGGGCACACGCUCAAUCGAUUUGAAUGGCAAAGUAGAGCUAAGUUUGUGGAAUCGUAAUGCCAAUACGGAAAUCAAUCAGAACACUGGCACCGCAGUUGUGGGAAGCAUGAUUGCGGGUUUUACCUAUGCAAGAGUGGAAAACAAAUUCACUGUGACCAGUGAGCCUCGUAUAAGUCUACAGGCCGAUAUUGAUUUUUAUUCGGGCGUAAAAUUGUGCAUGAAGCUGCAACGCCCGGAUAUGUUGCUAAGCCAAUCAAACAUUAAAUCAGUUUAUUUGUCACCAAACUCAUACUACAAACAUAUACGCUCGAAAUCUACAAAUAAACUUGUUGGACGCACUUUGGCUUUAAAUCAGAAGAACAAUGAAAUGUGCAAUCUGAUCAGUGAAUAAAUCUAUUUAAUAUAGCUACUGAGAGCUUCAAAUUUUUUAAUACUCAAUGCUCUCUGUCAUUAUGUGAAUAAUGAGAAUCUCAUGUAAAAACUAUACUAUAAAUGGCCUUAAUAUUCAUUUCUCAGAUGUAAUUAUUUUAAGAAGUAAGAAAGUGUUAUCAUGUAAUGCCUAAGAAAUACCGCAUUUGUAAAGACAAUAAAUGUAUUUUUAUAAACAUA